UCACUCUGAGAGGCGAUAAAUUCACGGCAAUGGCUGGUGGUUCAAAGAAACGGAGGCGAGAAGAGAAGGGGGAAAGGAAACACGAAAAAGAAGGGAUCACUCCUUUGAAUGUAAAGCAUUGGCUUCAAAGAUACAAACUUUUCUCCAGACAUGAUGAGGGUCUUAGAAUGGACGAGGAAGGAUGGUAUUCUGUUACUCCCGAAGAGAUUGCAAUUGGGCAUGCGGAGAGGUGUGGUGGGGGACUUGUCAUUGACUGCUUUUCGGGUGUGGGCGGCACUGCCAUCCAAUUUGCUAGAUUGUAAGUCCCUCCCGCUGAAUGUAACUGAAGAGUGAGACUUCAGCUACUUGCUUUUUCAAUAAAAGUUAAUUUGUGGUAUGUGUUGUUGUAUAGGUUAUAAUAAGUUUUGGUGAUUAGGAGUUUCCUAUUGUCCUUAAUAACUGGAAUAGAUUGAGGUAACAUUGGACUGCUUACUUGCAACUUGCUAUUAUCUAGUUCAUGAAUUUUCUUGAUAUUUUGGUUGUGUCUAGAUUCUUCUAUCCUGUGGAUAGCUGAGUCGGACUGGGAUAGUUUAAAGGAUGCACCUUGGUUACAUUAUCUUUUACACUGUUUUUGGUUGGAGGGAGCAGAGAAACUUGUUUACAGCCACUAUUCUAAGCAUUCAAAGUUAUCAUUUUAUCCUUAUCUAGAGUAUGCUAUGCAUAUCAGGUAUGAGGAUGGAGUUGUGAGGUAAAUUAAAAUUUCCUUUGUAUG